AUAAUACUUUGUCACGACAGUUAUCUAAUCUACACCCAUACAUAGAAUGCAAGAUAAUAACAAUCAUAUAAUUGAACAUUUAUACAAGCGGCGUGAAGGAUAAGAUUCAGUUCGUCGCACAAGUCGCGAGGAAGGCAUCGUAUCGAGUAAGAACCAUGUCGAUCAGAUUGUCGAUCACUUUAUUGGUUUGUUUGGCUCUAGUGGUUCGUGGAAAUUUAGAUGCAGCGAGUCCGAGAGUCAAAACACCCGUAGGAAAACUAAAAGGCUACUACAAAACGUCUCCGAACGGUAGACAAUAUGAGGCGUACGAAGGAAUACCUUACGCGUAUCCACCAGUUGGAAAAUUAAGAUUUCAGCCACCUCGCGUAUUGCCACCAUGGAUUGGAGAACUAUCAGCUACCGCUUUGGGAUCUCCCUGCCACCAAUUGACUCCGAUUGCGACGGACGGGGCUCAAAUUAUAGGAUCCGAAGACUGCCUAUACUUAAAUAUUUAUGUACCAGUACGAGAAAAAACAGCACCUAAGGCACCUAUGCCAGUACUCUUCUGGAUCCAUGGUGGUGCCUUCCAAUUUGGCAGUGGCAGCGACACAGGCCCGGAUUAUCUUAUGGAUUACGACGUCAUAUUUGUCACGAUUAACUAUCGCUUGGGACCAUUCGGUUUCCUCAGCACAGAGGAUGAAGUAGUACCUGGCAACAUGGGUUUAAAGGAUCAGAGUAUGGCACUACAAUGGGUAUCGGACAACAUCGAAUGGUUCGGUGGUGAUCCACAAAAACUGACCCUAGUCGGCAUGAGUGCUGGUGGUGCAAGUGUACAUUAUCAUUACUUGUCGCCGAUGAGCGCGGGGCUCUUCCAAGGGGGCAUAUCAAUCAGCGGUACGGCAUUCGACUGUUGGUCGCAAACUGAGGCAUCUUUAAGCAAAGCCAAACAAAUAAGUGAGAUGAUGGGAUGCCCCACUAUUAACACCAGAGAUAUGAUACGUUGUUUAAAAUAUCGCCCAGCUAACGUUGUGACAGAAACUGUGUUUUUUUUUUUUUUUUUUUUUUACAUUCCCUUCACUCCUUUUGGGCCAGUGGUUGAAAAGGCUGGCGACAUACGCUUUAUUGACAGAACACCUAUAGAAAUUAUUAACUCUGGGAAUGUACAGGAUGUACCUUGGAUCACAAGUACAGUGAGCGAAGAAGGACUUUAUCCUAUAGCCACGUUUUAUAAUAAGGAGAAUGUUUUGAAGAAUCUAAAUGACAACUGGGAUAAUAUCAGCCCCAUUUUGUUUGAUUUUAAUUAUACAGUCCCUGAGGAAAAGCAUAUCGAAAUCUCUCGUCUCAUCAGGGAACAUUAUUUCGGAGCAGGAACAGUAGAUAAGGCAAACUUAAAGCAACUAAUACAACUAGCAAGUGAUCGCUUCUUUGUGUAUGACAGUGAGAAUGCUGCAAGAACGCAAGCUGCAGUAAAUCAGAAGCCAGUUUGGUAUUAUUAUUAUUCAUAUAGAGGCACAAACAGCUUGGCUAACUUUCUAAGCCAUUCUAAUGACAAUUACGGAGUCGCUCAUGGCGAUGACGUCUUUAUUAUAGUGAAGACCCUCUGGAUGAAUCCAAUAUCUCAAGAUGAUUACAAUAUGCAGAAACAUUUAAUCGAUAUGUGGUUAUCUUUUGCUAUAAAUGGGACACCAAAUGUUGCUGGUGUAGAAUGGUCUCAAGUAGAUCCUUCAAAAAAAGAAUUUCAAUAUCUGCAUCUUGCUAAUCCUACUAAAAUAUAUAUGGAUAGUAAUGCUAAUUUCGGAGAAAGAGAAUUUUGGGAUUCAAUUGACUUAAAUGAAAAUAAAUUACAAAAUAAAACCUACAAACAAGAAAAUAUAAACAUAAAAAUGGAACUUUAGAUAAAACAGAUGUUU